ACAGAGAUAGAGGACGAGAAGAACAAAAAAGACUGAGAGGAUCCCAUCAGUGCCUGGGAACCUGAGGGAUCCUGGAGAGACAGAGAGCAGACAGAGAGAGGACAGGGGAAACCAUCAGGGCGAUAAUGCUGUGAGGAGAGCUGCUCAGGGAAAGCUAAAUCAGGUCGUUAUAAUCCUCAUCUAUAUCCUGUAAGCGUCCUGCGCAGGGUCUGGUCUAGUCUGAGGGUCUCUGCAGCACCAUGGGAGCCUCCAGUGGCAAGGCGUCUCUCCUCUCUGGGCUGCUGGUGUUCAUGCUGUGUGUCGUCUCUUCUCUCUGCCAGGAUGAAUAUUCUGGAUAUCACUCAGGUGAGGACCACACCUAUGAAGGCUCCUUGGUUGACCCCUACGACAACUUCGCCUCUCCUCAGCCAGAGUAUCCACCUGAGCCGACUCACAGCUACGACGAGGACCAGAGGCCAGAGGAGGACUACGACCCCUACGGCCCUGAACCCACCCAAGUCACCAUGAUCACAGAGGACGUCUUACCCUACGCCACUACGGCCGAGUCCCACUACGCCAAGGAGGACACGGAGACCAUGCAGGUCCCGUAUGAGUAUCCUCCAGCAGGACCAGACACCGACUCCUCUGAGGAGGAGUCUGGGGGAGACGCAGCUCUCGGGGAGGAGGAGGGGCCAACAGAGUGUGACUGUGAGCCUGGACAGCCCGGAUUCGCUGGCUUCGCAGGACCAAAGGGAUCCAGAGGUCUGCAGGGUAAAACCGGUGAGCCAGGACCUCAAGGCAGAGAGGGUUAUAAAGGAACCAAAGGGGUUCGUGGAAGAGGAGGAGACACUGGACCAGUGGGCGAUGCUGGGCCUGAAGGAGAUGACGGAGCCUCUGGUUUCUCUGGAGCCAUGGGAGAACCUGGACUUUUCGGAGACCCAGGAGAUCCAGGAGAGUUGGGUCUAAAGGGUGACAUCGGUAUGGAGGGACCUCGCGGAGGAGUCGGAGGUCCUGGUGAGACUGGCCCUCGUGGUGACCCUGGGCCUUCAGGAUCAAAGGGAGGUACUGGUAUCAAGGGGUCUCGUGGUAACGAAGGCAAAGAGGGUCCUCAGGGAGGAGAGGGACUGAAGGGUCAGAUCGGGGCUCCCGGGUUUCCAGGUGACGUCGGCGACAGAGGAUACACUGGUUAUCCUGGACAGCCGGGAUCCAUCGGACCCAGUGGACCAAAGGGUACUAAAGGUUUCAGCGGCCUGCCGGGCAGUGACGGUGACCCUGGAGAAGAUGGUCCAUUAGGAGUUCCAGGUGUGAUGGGCGAGCCCGGACUGUUUGGACCCAAGGGCAAUAAGGGAGAUCGGGGUGUAAAAGGACCUCGAGGAAGAGUGGGUGCUGUGGGACCUGGAGGAGAGCAAGGAGAUGCUGGAGUACCGGGGAAACCAGGACCGAAGGGCCUGCAGGGUCCGACUGGUGCUAAAGGUGAAACAGGACCCGAUGGUGAGAAGGGUGCAGCGGGGAAGAAAGGGAUUAAAGGUGGAAAGGGACAAAAGGGGAGCGUGGGAGACGGUGGAGACAAAGGACAGCGUGGUCCAAAAGGCGCACUUGGUCGUAAUGGCAACCCUGGUCCCAAAGGACCACCUGGAAUCCCAGGUACCAGAGGAGAGCGAGGUGCAAUUGGUGACCUGGGAGUUAAAGGCCGAGCUGGACCCAAAGGAGCUCCAGGUCGUGCUGGUCCUGGUCUGACUGAUGAGCAGGUCCUGCAGCUCUGCAGAGGCGUGGUCACUGCCCAGAUCUCCCAGUACGCCGCCUCAAUCCGGGCCAAGUGCUCCCAGGGAUGCCCCAUCAACAACAGGACACUCAUCGGGCCCCCAGGAGCCCGGGGGCCGAUGGGAUCAACAGGCAAACCUGGUAAAGCAGGAAAAGCCGGACCAAAAGGAGCCAGAGGACCUCAAGGUGACAGAGGACUGGAGGGACAGAAAGGAGCGCAGGGUGACAGAGGUCAAAAGGGCUCUAAAGGCCUCGCAGGUGAUGCAGGUAAAGGUCUUCCAGGACCCGAUGGACCGCAAGGCCUCAGAGGUUUGCCAGGUCACCCUGCAGAACCCAAAGACGGCAUGGAGGGUCCCCUAGGUCCCCGUGGCUUCCCUGGUCCAGUUGGUCAGCUUGGCAUGCUCGGGAUCGCAGGUGUGCCUGGAUUUUGCGAGGCGCGGGACUGCAGCAUUCAUGCGCCGGUGAUGCGCAAAGAGCAGGGUCUGGUGAAAGGACCGGUCAGUUCAAAGAUCUGAACCUGAGCACGAGCAAUGAGCACCACUGUGAGAUAAUAGAAGGUCUGAGAUUCACCUGAUGGCAACUUCAAGGUUUGUCUCAUUGAAUUCCAGGAGACGUUAGAACUGGGUUUAAAUGGGACAGAAAAUUUGUUCAAUUUAUGACAAGAGUUUGUUUAAAAGCUGCGAAUGAUUCUAUCCUUCGUUUAAAAUGUCAGAGGACCAAGCGUAGUGCCCUGGGGUGCUCCGCUGUGGACAGGUUUGGUAAGUAAUGGGAACUGAGAAGGAAUGAAACCAGAAAAGACUUUUCCAUCUGCGCUGGACAAAGAUUUUAGAGGUUUUAUAAAGAUCCAAACACUGUUACAACUUGACACAAUUACAUCUGAGAUGUUUCUUUAAUUUGAUAAAAACACUAAAUGAUUCCCAGCUGAAUCCUUCCCUCGUUUUAAUUUUUGUUUUCUCUGCUUCCCUAAAGUCACAAUUGUUUAAAAUAAAAAAAUAAAUAAAUAAAAAAAAUGUAAAUAUUUUGUAAAGUAUCUGACAUGCAUGUACUGUGCUCUGAAAUAUGUUUCAGAUAAAAUGAUGUUUUUUAAUCAGAGUCUUUAGUGUGUUAGUCGCCACAUGUUCAAGUGUUGUACUUUUAAUUCUGAAAAAUAAUAUUCCAGAAAAGAUAAAUCACAGAAAUACCUUUGUUUUAGACUUCUGACCUGCUGCCUUCAUCUCGGAUAUUUUCAACAAUUCAAACAGAAAUGUAAAACUAAAUGGCAGGUCACUGUGAUUAUCAGCCUGUCACAGUGAAACAGUAUUCUUACUGUUUGUGUUUCAAGAUGUUUGAUAAGAUGACUUCAUCCUUGAGACUAAAUAAUAUAUAAACUGUGUAACAUCUGAGAAAAUAAAGUCCAGUCAAAGU